AUGUCACUCGUUCUUCCAUUACCGCAACACCAUCCUCAGCCAGUCGCCCAUUACUCGAUGGUGCGAUCUCGUUCGUCCACUCCUAGACCUACCACUCCACUCUCUGCACCUCCUACACCGGUGACCCCGACGCACUUGCUGCCAGCUGCGAUGGAAAGAGCACGCAGCUCGGAAGCAGUGCUGGGUAUCAAUCCCCGUCGGCCCCCGCCUACUAUCGCCACGGAAGAGAGGGAAGGUAGGAAGAGGGAAGUGAAAGAUACGAUAUUGAAAGGAGAAUGGGAGAUUUCUUCGUCUUCAUCUUCACCUACUAAUAGUGAUGGAGGGGACAAUAAGAUGGAUAUCGAUAUGGACUCGCGAGAUCAGGAAGAGAACGAGAGUGACCCCCAUACCGUGAUGCUGGGUGAGACCAUACAUUCCCCGGAACAGGAAGUGGCAGUCCAUCUACCGACUCCACCGGAGGAAGGACGACCUUUCGUUUGGGGGAUGCCGAAAUGGGGUUACGAGGAGGAUCGGACGCCUGUCAGAGAUGGCGUGAGAUUGAUCAGUGCGGAUGAGUUAUCCCAACUUGUCGAAAGGCAUUCGAUGAUAGAUACACCCAGUUCAGUUAUGUUUCCCUGGCUGCAUGGUAUAAGUGAUGAUGGUCAGAAGGGGAGGGACAUGGCCGCCUUCUUUGGUCAUAGUCCGCCAUUCGAACCACCUCCGUACCGAGGAUUGUGCCUUUUAUUCUGUCCUCCGCACCCACUCGACGAACCUGCUCAUCCUAAGUCACAGAGACCCAAACCCCAAAGAACCGAUACGGACCGUACGACGCAACAACCCAGCUACACUAUGCCACCUCCGAGAGAACGAUCCGAAACCAUGUCAACUUCUUCUGAAUCAUACCAUUCUACCGGAACGACGGAGGGUACAUCCCCCUCUAUUGGCGAACUAUCACCGCAAUUCGAUAAACCCAUUAUCGAGGAGGAAGCAAUCUACCAUGACCACGAUGAUGAAGAACAUGGAAACGAGAUGGAUGUGGACGUGGAUGUUGCGAUGCAUCCUUGCGACUCUAAACGGAUUUCACCUGUGGCCCAUGCAAAAGGUAUAGAUGAGCCACAUCAUCCUUUACCUUGUUUGGGUACAGACAAAAUUGGUAAUGCCCUUCUGGAAGAAACACCUUCCGAACAUGACAUAUCAUCCUCAGAAGAAGAGGGAUUUACAGAUGAAGAUGAAGAAGAUCAAGGACCGACUUGCAUUUUGUUCAAUGCCCUACACGUAACGGACUGUUUUGAUCUACCGAAACAUUCCCAUUCUCAUCCCUCUAAACCGAGGGAACAACAGAAAAAAGCAAAAUUUAGAAAUGCAAGAUUACCGAAUCAGAUUAAUUUGAGAAACUUGAACAUUCAACAAAUUAAAUAUUCGACUGUGUCGGAUAUUGUAUUGUAUUCCAAGAAUGGAGUUGGACAGGGGAUAUUGGAAGUUGCCGAGCAAAUUGCAAAGGCUCAACAGGAUUUGUGGGAGAUCCGGAUGCAAGAAUUUUACCAACAUGUUACAGGUAGAAAUGAAGGUGAAGGAUCGACUGAACCUGUCAAAUACGGUGUUUGGGUUGUCGUAGAACCAUUCUCCAAGAUUGAAAAACUACACCCUCAUUUGGUCAAUAUCGAUUCAAAGGGAAAUGCAUGUGCUGAAGCUUUCCAAACUGACCUAUUCGAACGAGAAGCUAAGGAGUCUAGAGCGAUGACUAGAGGCUCGGAAGUGGUCGAAGGCUUCUGGGUAGGAAACGAUUGUGAUGUACCCGGGGGAGCGGAUGAUGGGGCUGGUGCGAGUGUACCUUUUGAUCUCUGUGUGAGGGCCUCGGAAUGCGCAGAGAUGCCAUCGACCGCGCAUCUAGCCACAGCGUACCAACAUUUAGUGGACAUCGACAGACGCCGAUUACCUCAGGAAGUCAAUCACAAUCCUGCUCCUUCUUGGAUAGCUUCGCCAGCUACCAUCGCCCUACGAAACUUACUAUCGCCCGGGCCGUCGAUGCCCAAUACACCUAUCUCGGAGAACAAGUCAAAUUCGUCUGCUGCUGAUGAUCGGCCGCAACCUCCUCCACAAGGUACAACAAUGGACCAUGAAUACGUAUCAUUGGAAUGUUCUGGUUCAUGUCGGACGAUCACUGGUCAGACUCGGAAUCUCAACUAUAUGACAGAUCGAGUGGUUGAAUUAGUUUAUUUCCUUCGGAAGUUGAUUGAAGGGAAAACUACACCGCCUGAUAGUCCAGGGAAAAAGAGAAAAGUAUUGGUACAUUGUCAAGAUGGAUAUACCGAAUCUUCAAUUUUGGUAUUAAGUUAUAUUAUGUCUUCACUCUCCUGUUCGUUACCAGAAGCGUUCCUACAUCUCCAAAUCACCGCCAAGAGAUCUUUCUUCCUCUAUCCCUCGGAUAGACCUUUAUUGAAGAAGAUUGAUCAAAGGUUAACAAACGAUAGAAGAUCGAAAGCUCUCAAGAUCGUAUCGAACACCACGGCGCAAGAGGGGAAAAUAGGUAGCCCAAUAAGAAGUCCUCCUCCCUCGACGGGUGCGACAGGUUCGCCAAGAUGGAAAUCUUGGUCGAUCGGCUUACCUUUUGGGACUGGUUCGAGCUCUGCUUCAAUCUCUGCACCACCCACGCCGACUUCCGCUUCCUCUGCUUCCAUAAAGGAAAAAGUCAAAUCAUCCAGCAUAGAUCCACUCACACCUAUCUACAGCUCCUCCCCUACUAUCUCAACGACAGUUGAAGUUGCCAAAGACCUUCUGGACGUAUCUCAGAUUCAUAUUGAAGCUGAGAAACGGGAGAGGCAUAAAGUGUGGUUUGAAGAUAGACGAUUUGAUGGGUUCCCAAGUAGGAUCUUACCGUUUUUAUACCUGGGUAACCUUGAACAUGCAGGAAACGCUGCGAUGCUCCAUGCACUGGGUAUUACUCAUGUGGUAUCGGUCGGAGAGAGCUUGAUCAACCCUAAUGAAAUGAUGGAGCCUCAUCAUGGAAUUGGAGAGGGUAACACGUUAGCACAAGCUGCUAGAGAGGGCAAAAUCAGCGUGCUUGACCUGACUGACGUGCGGGACGACGGUAAUGAUCCAUUGCGACCUGUGAUCGCUCGUGCUUGCGCGUGGAUCGAGGCUGCUCGACGAGAAGGUGGUGUGAUACUGGUCCAUUGUCGAGUUGGAGUCAGUCGAAGUGCAAGUAUCGUUAUUGCUUAUAUGAUGCAAUUUGAGAGAAUGGGUUUGAUGGAUGCUUAUAUGAUGUGUAGAGCGAGGAGGCUGAAUGUUUUGAUCCAACCAAACCUUCGAUUCUUCCAUGAACUGUUCGGAUGGGAAGUGGAACUCGCUCGACAGGAAGAUGAACUGCUCCAAAAGAAAAUCCAAGAAGUCAAAUCGAUGGGUGUAAGAGAUGAGGAAGCAAUAAAACUGAUUAUCGAAAAUGGAGAUUCGUUCUUAUAUCAUCCCGAGACAGACGCCGAAGGCGAAAGACGAAGGGGAAGGAGGAGAGUCAUGUAUUCUUGGCCUAGUUUCUGUAGGGAUCUGUAUUGCCUGAAUAGACGAUUCUUGUGCAAUUAA